AGAGGAGCUGUCCGAUCAGCACCACACUGUUUGCGACCGAAAUAGUUCCUUUUACACAAGCCACAUUAACCGGGCUUACAGUGGCCGAGUCACCCUUGAUCGGAUUUUCUGCUCAGAAUUUUCUUCAUUUCGUUGGUCAGGCAUGGCACUACUUUGUAGAAAUAGUUGUAGGCCUGCGUGUUGCUUUUUGACUGGACCUGUUUAGGAUUCACUUUUACGCACUAAACUUACGAGUGGAUUGUUUGUCAGAGAGUGGUGAGGGUUUAGUGUUUGGUUUUUCACUUAGCAGUAAACGCCACCAGUAUGCUUUCACACUUGUACGGAUUGUUAUGUUUUUGUGCACUGGGCUGCGGUCAAUUAACGAGCGGCCAGGCGGACGAUGGAAAGCGAUACAUCUGCCGGGCAAUACCCCUCAGCGGCGACGCCAGUUGCCCUGUGACAUUGUUACCCGAGCUUAACGCCGGGAGCCAGGAAGAGGAGCUCAGAAACACCGUCAUGCAGCUAAGGGAGACGAUUUUACAGCAGAAAGAAACGAUUUCCAAACAGAGAGGCACCAUCAACGAGCUGACCACCAAGCUGUCGCUCUGCGCCUCGGCCACGGAUGAUAGAAUUAACGAAAAGGGGGGUUCCUGGGGAAAAGAAAAGCAAAAUACAAUGGGCGACGUUCCCAGAGAUCCAAAUGACAGCAUCGACAGUCUUGGAAAAACCAUGCAAGGACUCAAGGACCGGUUGGAGAACUUGGAGCAACAGCAGCUUCGAGCCAACGUAUCUGGCGCCUCGUUCCCCAGCGAGCUCCGCGACCUGCUGCAGCGUCGGCUCGGGCAGCUGGAGAAGCAGCUCCUGAAGAAAGUCACCAACCUGGAACAGGAGAAGAGCAUGCUGUCCAACGCCACAGCCGCCUACAGGCUGAAGACAGAGAGCACGCUGAACGCCCUGGUGGACAGGAUCAGUGAGCUAGAGAAAGGAGGAGGAGACUUCAAGUCCCCAGAGCAGUUUAAGCUGUCCCUCCCCCAGCGGACCAACUACCUGUAUGGCCGCAUCACCAAGAGCCUGCCAGAGAUGUACGCUUUCACACUCUGCAUGUGGAUCAAGUCCAGCGCCAGUCCUGGCAUCGGGACGCCCUUCUCUUAUGGCGUGCCAGGGCAAGCCAAUGAGAUUGUUCUGAUCGAAUGGGGCAAUAACCCAAUAGAGCUGCUCAUCAAUGACAAGGUCGCGCAGUUGCCUUUGGAGGUACGGGAUGGAAAGUGGCACCACAUCUGCAUCUCCUGGACCACACGGGACGGCCAAUGGGACGCUUACCAAGAUGGAGGGAAGCUGGGAACUGGCGACAACCUGGCGGCCUGGCACCCCAUCAAACCCGGGGGGGUCAUUAUCCUGGGGCAGGAGCAGGACGUAGUGGGCGGGCGCUUUGAUGCCGGACAGGCCUUUGUGGGCGAGCUGAGUCAGGUGAACAUUUGGGACCGUAUUCUAAAGCCGGUUGAGAUCCAGUCCAUGGCUAACUGCAGUUCUUACAUCCCUGGGAAUGUGAUCUCUUGGCUAGCAACCAACGUUGAAGUUUUUGGAAGAGGAGCGUUCAAGCGACCCUUGGAGAUGUGUCUCGAACGACUGCCCAAUGCAUAAAACUCAUCUGUCUGCCAUUCUGCUUUUUUUUUAAUGGUCUGCUCCUUCUGUGAAGCAGUUUAUGUACUUAAAGGAGACAUACCAUGCUCAUUUUCACGUUCAUACUUGUAUUUUAGGUUUCUUCUGGAACAUAUUUUUAUGCUAUUAUGUUAUUAUGUACAUUGAUGAAUUUAGUUUGAUUUGCUCUGUACGGAGAGAUAUUUGAGAUUUUUGACCUCUUAGGUCAUAUGGAGGCUGAAUACCAUCAUUGACUGAUGGCUUUUCAUUUAAAGUGUCAAUCAGAGAGCUUUGUAGCAACAUUUCUUUAUUUACCAUGACUAAAAUACUUUAAUCCUUCAAUACACCCACCACCACGGUAAAGGGUUCCCACAGGUAUCAAUGCUGAGACAUCCUGUGCAUCCUCAUCCCCACACAGUCUCCCACACACCCCUCCCUCAACACUCAGUAAUGAAAAUCCUCUCUAGUCCACCUCAGACGCAUGUACUGCUACUAUGACAAGGUCCAGACUAGCUGCCGUUCACGUGGGAGUUGGUAAUUCAUGCUGUGUGGGAGCAAGGAAAGAUUAAAGGUCAUGCUAAUGUUAUGUUUAUUCCUUAAUUUAGGAAUGGGCUUAGAGCCAACAUCAAUCACACCUCUGAUCCUGACAUGUUUAGUCAUGUUUAAGUUAUUAAUCUGUUACGUGUACUAGCUGGUAGUUGAAGUAUGUGUGCAAUAGACUACUGUUGAUUUAGUUUUCCAGCUUUCGUAUGAGUUAAUUCUUAGUUGGGAAGCUUAAUUCUUGGCAUACACAACCAAUACCAGUGAUACUAGUGAGUCUAUCACAGUGCUUUUUUUCCUUGCCUUUUUCUAUUUGAACAAAACCUGUUGGUGAAUCACGAUGGAAAUAAUAUUCAUAGCUUCAAUGUUGUGACAUAUUCCUACCCGCGGUUUGUAACAUUGCAGUGGAUUGUCUAACCAAGCAUUCAACAGAAAAAAAGAUUAGUCUGAUCAAUACUGUCUGUACACUAAUCAUUUGUAAGUCUUGUGUAAUUUUUUAGUAGUAUUUUGUGUCUACUAAUUUUUAUUUUUGUUAAAAAUCUGUUGUAAGCACAUGCAUUAGGCAUCUUGUCUUGUGGCCUUCAUAUGGAGACUUAAGUGCCAUUUAAUGUUUUCUAAGUGUUUAAAAGCAUUGCCAAUAAAUGAAAAUGUGGAAAAUAAGGAAAA